UCCUCAGAAGGCCACAGGAGGGCACACAACUCUCUGAGGACUUAGGAACAAUCCUUAACAGAUUCUGUAGAAUUAGAAUAUGUUUGAUGAAUUAAUAAAAACAAAAACAAAAUGUCAUGUGAGCAUCAGCAGUAUAAUAUAUAAUUUGUUUAUUUGACAUGGCCCACCACCACUGUCUCUACAAAUGUCUAUAAAUAACCUGCUGGUUUCCUUCAGCGGGCUUUAAAUAUCUCUAAAUGACUAUAUUUAACUCCUCAGUGAAUCUGUUCUUUCCUAGAGCAUAGUCAAAUCACACUGACACAAGUUUCCGAGCCCAUGAAGCCUAUCGCACUCAAAGGAGUAAAUUCCGCCCCUCUGUUCCUCUCAUUUGUUUGUGGUUAUGGUAGAGCGAUUUUCUCUCUCUCUCUCUCUCACUCAGCUCGGCAGAACUCGUCACUUUCCGAUUAUCAUAAUUCCGGAAUAAAAACCAAAUAUGGAGUGUGGGGGGUGUACCCGGUCACCGGAAUGAACCUUUUAUGGGUUAAGAAGCACAACCGGAAUUCCUCUUUUUCACAUAAGUGUGCGAUCAGACAGCGCAAACAGGAGAAAACAUUUAGAGGAUAAAUAGUGUUUAAAUGAAACCUGGACACAUUACAGCUCUGCGUGCUCACAUUGUGCUGCUGUGUUGUUCUGUGGCAGAUUAUGUGUGUGUGUGGCACUGAGUGGAAAAAGUGUGUUUAUCUCUCCGGGAGCGGCGGGUUCUCCAUUCACAAGUGAUUCCCUUUGUAAUCGUCACGGAGCCUCUCAGCCAAUCAGCAACGGCAGCGCCUCUUCGCUCUCGCUCUCGUCACCCCUCCCACUCCAUAUUUGGGUAAUGACGCAGCGGCCGUAUUCAAAAGGUUCCCCAUAUAUACAAACUGGUGUCCGGGCCCCCGUUCCCAAUAACAGAUACUUUACACGGUGUUAACUUUGACAGCAGAGCGCAUGCACAGCGCCAGACACACGGAGUUCAUCCUCUCACAGCCGCUGACAGACAGAGACAUGCAGUGGUGACCCACGGCCGGCCCGGUGUUAUAUGCUGUUGUUAGUAAAAAGCUUUGAGGAAAAGAAAAAUAACGACAAGAAGGAGAGAGCCAGCGAUCUGUCCACGAUGACGGCUAAAACUUUGGAGAAAGUGCCGGUGAAUCUCGGGGGCUUCGGGCAUCCUGGUGGGGAGAGUGUGUACUCCGUGGACGACAUCGCCACCAGCUUGCCAACCUCGGUGGCGAUCUUCCCCAACACCGACAUAGGAGCGCAUUACGACCAGAUUAAUGUGGGAGCAGAUGGCUUGAUGGGCGCAGACAUGAGUGCAGAGAAGCGCUCUCUGGACCUCUCCUACUCCAGCGGCUUCUCUCAGCCCGCAUCCCACCGCAACCAGACCUUCACCUACAUGGGAAAGUUCUCCAUCGACUCCCAGUAUCCAGGUAACUGGAACCCCGAGGGAGUGAUCAACAUCGUCUCGGGCAUCUUCAACGUGGCCCAGCCGCCGCCUCCUCCUCCUCCUCCCUCCUCCUCAGCGUCCUCCUCCCCAGUUUCCUCAGGAUCUCCCAAUCACUUCUCCAGCGGAAAUUUGAGUUGCACCAUGGCGGCUCAGAACCAGGCAGAGAUGGACCACCACCACCACCACCACCUGUAUUCCCCGCCCCCUCCAUACUCCUCCUCUGGCUGCGGGGAGAUGUACCAGGACCCCUCGGCGUUUUUGUCCACCUCUACCUGCCCCAUCGCCUCCUACCCGCCCCCCUCUUACUCUUCACCCAAGCAGCCCGGCAGCUCAGACGCGCCGGGGCUCUUCCCGAUCAUCCCCGACUACUCGGGCUUCUUCCAACCGGCUUGCCAGCGAGACAUGCACCCGGCGGGGAUCCAAGAUCGGAAACCAUUCGGUCCAUGUCCGCUCGAUUCAUUCCGUGUCCCUCCACCCCUGACCCCACUGAACACUAUCAGGAACUUCACGCUGGGGGGGCCGGGUGGAGGUGGCUCUGAGGGUGGGCCGCCGAGGCUCCCCUCUGCCUACAGUCCACAGAACUUGCCCCUGAGGCCAAUCCUGCGGCCCAGAAAGUACCCGAACAGACCCAGCAAGACUCCCAUCCAUGAGCGACCAUACCCCUGUCCGGCGGAGGGCUGUGACCGGCGGUUCUCCCGCUCAGACGAACUGACGAGACACAUCCGGAUCCACACUGGACACAAGCCGUUUCAGUGCCGGAUCUGUAUGCGCAACUUCAGCCGCAGCGACCACCUCACUACGCACAUUCGCACGCACACAGGAGAGAAGCCGUUCGCUUGCGACUACUGCGGCCGCAAGUUCGCCCGAAGUGACGAGAGGAAGAGACACACUAAAAUCCAUCUGCGGCAGAAGGAGAGGAAGUCGUCUACGGUCUCUUCUACGUCCUCCUCUGCGUCCAGCAGCUCCGGGGUGGAGCGGCCAUCAGGCGGCAACGGGAUCUGUUCGUAAUUUUCCCAUAAUAACUUUAUUGUCACCAUGGCAGCGUGACGCACACUAACCCCUUAUAAAAAGAACUCUUAAACAAUGAUUGUGAAAUUGUUGUGAAGUGGCAUAAACAGAAUGGGAAUGGAUAAGAACUCCUGUGCAGAGGUGCGCAAUACGCACAUCCAACCAGUCCUGCUCCAGAACUGACAGAGAGACUGACACGAAUGCACUUUGCCUGCACAGUCUACUGAACAUAAAAGUAAAUAUAGCCAUUAAUUCAUAAGAAUAUACAUGGGCGGUUGUAAUAUAAAGGGGGAUUGUUUUAAUGUCCCCAAUACAUGGCACAGGCUGUGCGUUUAAAUGUGAAAUAACUGCAAUAAUGUUUUGAAGAAAAAAAAAUCUGUUUUAAGUUAUUAAAUUGACAAUGUGUUCAUUCUAACAUGUUUGUUGAUUACCUAUUUCCCCUUGUGGUGCCUUGCUGUGUGUCUUUUUGUACACUGACUGAUUCAAGGACGCUUCUAAUACAAUGUAUAUUUGUCCUUUAAUAUGUAAAGUUGAAAGACAUUAUAUUUUUGUACACAUUUCGUGUCGCGUAACUUCAAGUGUCCAGCAGCUGUGGUUCACGUGUAAAACAGUGUUGAAGUAUAAAUAUGUUGAACUCAUACCGACUUGACAUUUUUGUUGUGAUGUGUGUUUUGAGACUUAUUAAAUGUCUGCAGA